AUGCCGAGAAGUCACACCGGCGACGACAGCGGAGGCACCGGGCUCUGGCUGAAGACUUCAACGGGACGCCGGGCGCAGGGCUACACGCUGAAAGAUGUGGAGUCUGGGCAGAGGACGAUGAACAACGCGGUGCGAGUCGGGGACGGUCUCUUGUCUCCUGCCACGGCAGGUGCGUCGGGAGCAGAGAGGAAGCAGGGUGCCCGGCUCAGCCUGCUUGGGAAGCCGCUGACCUACAGCGCACAGAGCGGCCGCAGGAACGCACGUUACCGGCGGCUCCAAAAUUACCUCUACAACGUGCUGGAGAGACCGAGGGAAUGGGCGUUUGUCUACCACGCUUUUGUGUUCAUCCUGGUGUUUGGAUGCUUGGUUCUCUCUGUGUUUUCUACCAUCCCCGCUCACCAGGAAUUCUCCUCGCACUGCCUGCUCAUCCUGGAGUUUGUGAUGAUUGUGGUGUUCGGUCUGGAGUACAUAAUCAGGAUAUGGAGCGCUGGCUGCUGCUGCCGCUACCGAGGCUGGCAGGGACGCCUCCGCUUCGCCAGGAAACCGUUCUGUGUCAUAGACAUCAUUGUACUCAUCGCCUCAGUUGCUGUGGUUUCAGCUGGUAGUCAGGGUAACAUCUUUGCUACCUCUGCGCUGCGUAGCCUUCGUUUUCUCCAGAUCUUGCGCAUGGUGCGCAUGGACCGUAGAGGAGGAACCUGGAAGCUGCUGGGAUCUGUGGUUUAUGCACAUAGUAAGGAGUUGGUGACAGCCUGGUACAUCGGGUUUCUGGUGCUGAUCUUCUCCUCCUUCCUGGUGUAUCUGGUGGAGAAAGAAUUCAACAAGGAGUUUGCCACCUACGCUGACGCUCUGUGGUGGGGCACGAUCACCCUAACAACCAUUGGCUAUGGUGAUAAGACCCCGCAGACGUGGACAGGGCGAUUGUUGUCAGCUGGCUUCGCUCUUCUGGGGAUCUCAUUCUUUGCCCUACCAGCUGGUAUCUUAGGGUCAGGUUUUGCCCUGAAGGUGCAGGAGCAGCAUCGACAGAAGCACUUUGAAAAAAGGAGGAACCCAGCUGCCAGCCUCAUUCAGGCGGCUUGGCGUCUGUACUCCACCGACGGUGCUCGUCCCUACCUCAGAGCCACCUGGCACCACUACCAAAGUGCCCUCCCCCCACUCAGUCAGAAGUUGAGUUUUAAGGAGCGAGUCCGGAUGGCGAGUCCUCGUGGUCAGAGCAUGAAGAGCCGGCAGACAUCCAUCAAUGACCGCCAACGCUGUUCCCCUGGCAACGAGGUGGUGGGCGGGUCCGAACUGAUGAGUGGGAGCCCUGCCAAGGUGCAGAAGAGCUGGAGCUUCAACGACCGGACCAGGUUUAGGCCGUCGCUGAGGCUGAAGAGUCAGACACGCACUGCUGUCCCUGAUGUAGACUCAGGCAUGACCACGGAGGAUUCCUUUGAUGAGAGAGGCUGCCAUUGUGAUGUUACAGUGGAGGAUCUAUCAGCUCCCCUCAAGGCUGUCAUCAGAGCUGUCAGGAUCAUGAAGUUCCACGUGGCAAAGAAGAAGUUCAAGGAGACGUUGCGUCCCUACGAUGUAAAGGAUGUCAUAGAGCAGUACUCUGCAGGACACCUGGACAUGCUCUGUCGUAUUAAGAGCCUUCAGACCAGACUAGAUACUGUAGUGGGUCCGCCUCCGAGGCCCUUCAGCAGCCGUGUCAAGACCUUUUCCUCUCCCUCCUCCCUGCAUUUAUAUUACAGCCAGGCCCGGAGGAAACACUCUGCACCGGGAGCGGCCAGUGCAGCAGGCACUGGUCCCAGCCUGAGUGGUCGACCCAGGAACAUGUCCACUCCUGCCCUGCACUAUUAUUACAGCAACAACAACAAGAAGAAGCUCUCUGGCUCAGGGGUGGAUCAGAUACUUGGAAAAGGCCAGAUUCCAGUGGAUAAGAAGGUGAGGGACAAACUACACCCAGAUGGAGAGUCUCACGAGGGCAUGAGUAUGCUGGGACGUGUGUGUAAGGUGGAGAGACAGGUUACUUCCAUCGAGUCAAAGUUGGAUUCUUUGCUGGAUGUUUACCGUCAAGUCCUACAGAAAGGCCCCUCUGCGCUCACCCUCUCCUCCCUGCCCCUAUUUGAGCUGGACAACCACCAGCACCACAACUCGGACUACCAGACCUCCAUCAUUGGCAGGGAUCUCCCCUCCCCUCAGGGAGGUGAUCCGGUUGGUGGUGGAGACAACAAUGGCAUACGCCAUUCCCUUAAUACCAACCCCAGAGGCCUGCGGUUAAUCCUGGCACCCGCCGAUGAUGACGGCCCCCCAGACUCAGCACCUCCAUCCUACCCCCCGUCCACAGCUUCACUCUCCCCAUCACCCCUGCUGCCUCCAGACAGUCCCUACCCAACCCUGGUCACCCCUAAUGGCACCUCUAAAAGAGCACACUUCCCUGACCUGCCACCCCCACCUCCUUCAACAGGAGGUUUUACCCUCCAGUUGCCCCCCAUGGUGCACCCCUCUCACCUCCGUUGCCCCGCCGACCCUGCCCCCGAUGAUAUAUCAGAUGAAGUGGUGGCGCAUGAGGGGAGCCUAUGCCCUGCUGUUGUUGUGGGACCCAGUGUGGAUGGUGACCAGGAAGGGGACAAAGAGUCAGGCCCUGCCAAGGGAAAGGUGCAGCUAAGGCAAAGGCCUGACUUGAAAUCUGAAGGGGUCUGGAGGAGGCACAUGAGCCUGGAGGUUAACCCCUUGCUGCUGCUCUCAUCUAGCCCAGACAGGAGGCCUUCAGACUGGGGAGGCAGUCUGGGGAAGUCUCUUUCCAUGCACAAUCUCAGCCAGCCUUUGACCAACCGUGCCCCUGGUCUCUCCUCCGCACUCAACAACAGCAGCAGCAGCAACAGUAGCGAACAUGGCAACACCCACGGUGACCUUAGCAACUGGGAUGGAAGAGAACUAUUCAUUAGUGAGUGCAAGCUAGAGCCAGCGGAAGAUCAUUUCAACUUCCUGUCCCAGGGACCUGAUAGCAGCUCCUCAUACCUUUUGCAGACUGUGGAGGAGGCAGCACCUCACUCCAAGGAAAACUCAGAAUUUCUCAGUCAGCCCCCACACAUACAGAUGGCAUAA